ACCCAGAAGUCUGAUACAUUAAUUCAGUGAUGUGGGACGUUUCUCUGCUCUUAGAACCGUUCCCACACACAGAGGAACAACUCUGGAGAACACAGGAGGCCAGAACAGGUUUCUGGGAUCAGAACCUCCGGUUCCUCGUCAGCCUGUGAACUCUGACCCGUAGAACCGAGGACGGGUCUGACUGCUGCAGUGGGUCGAGGUAUAGGAGGUUCUCCUGGUUCUGCUGCUGCUGAGAGGAACACAGUUCUUCUGACGUUCCUCCAUGGAACCAGAGAAGCUCUCCCUGGCUGUGCUGCUCCUGCUCUCCUCCCUCCUCCUCCUCCUCACCAGCAGCCCUCCAACAAUGGACCCGUUGUUCUGCUGCCACGUCACGGCUCAGCAGGAACCGCAGGAACCGGAGCCGCCUGGGCCCGGAGAACCAGGAAGAGUUUGACCUCCAUGAUGUUCUGCUGAUGAUCAGAACCAGAGAACCGCUGCUCUGCUGCUGCCAGCAACAGGAACUGAAGCAAGCGGCGCAGCGAGGACAGGAAACAGGAAGUACAGCUGCAGCCUCACAGGACGGCGAGGACGCAUGCUGGGAGACGUCCUGCCUCUGUUUGUGGACAAACAUCAGCUGGGAAUGACCGUCUCACCUGUUCUCAGGUAGGAGGAAGGUGUGUCUGCAGGAAUGUUUCCUGGAGGACGUCUAACCUGCUGUCUGUCUCUCAGAGCGUCUGCAGCGCGGCUUCAGGGACCAUGAGCGCAGCUAAAAGGAGAAGCGGCUUCCAGAUCACCAGCGUCACCUGCGACUUGCUCCACCUGACCUCCCCGACCGACCAAUCAGGCGACCCGUCCACCGGCCGGCCCCUGGGAAGCUCCUCUCAGCCAAACACGCCGUCUCUGCAGAAGAAAUACAUCUCCCAGGAUGCAUUGGGCCAGCGGGCCGGCUCCAGGUUCAGGGUGGUGAGGCUGAGGGAGGGCGGGGUCGGUGGCGGUGGGCGGGGCCAGCCGUACCGGCGGGGCAGGUGGACCUGCACGGAGUUCAGGGAGCGGGUGGAGGGGGCGGGGCUAAGAUGGGUCAUGGACAGCAUGAGGAACGCCCAUUCUCUGGACUCCCUGGACAUGAUUGGCUGGGACAGAGAAAGGGGUGGAGUCAUCUCCCAGGACACCUCCCACCCGUCGGCUCUGCCACUAAGAGGAAUGGAGGGGGCGGGGCUUGUUUCCAGAAGUGGACCACCGUCACCGACACACCAAGAACCACACGGCCUGAAAGAGCCAACCAGAGGACAGCGUUCAGACUCCGCCCCCUCACCUGCUCCACGCCGCCCACAACACUUCCCCCAGCCGUUACAGCCUGGCCCCCCUGCACAGCGUGUCUUCAGGACGUCCCAGUCUCUGCCCAGCUCUCCCCCCUCUGGACGUCCCACCCUGACACCUGUCCACUCCUCAGCCUUCGGCCUGGGGGACAGUCUGGACACCAGUGCUGCCGCUGUUCCAGCCAUCGACAGUAAGAUAGAACAAGCCAUGCCGUCUCCCUUGUUCCUCCAGGACCUGGCCAAGACUCACCUGAUGCUAGCGGUGCGUGAUGAGGUGGAGCUUCUGAGGGAACAAAUCCGAGAUCUUCAGGAGAAGAACCAGCAGCUAGAGACGGAGAACCGAGCGCUGAAGCAGCGGCAUUACGCCGCAGAGUGAUGGAACCGCGGGGACAUCACCUGUGGAACACCUGCGGGACACCUGCGGGACACCUGCAGGACGAAGCAACCAGCCGCUGCAGCAGCAACUGGACCUUAGCCAGAACAUCUGUGGAAGAAGAGGCCACACAGAUUUCAGGCUUUAUCUGCCAGAUUGUCUUUAUUUGAAGCAACGGACAGUAAGCAGGGUCAGCUGGGGUCAAAGGUUAACAAGUUUCUGCCCACAGGGUCUGUAAAUGUUUUGGUUUCCUGGAUUAAAGUAAAAGUCGCCCCACAA